UUGAAUUAUAUUUGUUUAGACAAUGUGACAUUACAAGCAAAUCAAUAUGGAAAAAGGUCUAUUGGUAACUUGAUAACAGAUGACUUGUAUUUUAUGAAAAUUACAUGUUAGUAACAUAAAUGAGCUUUAGCUUUCAAGGAUUAUUUCAAGAUAUUAUUUUAAUUGUUACUACAUUUUUGCAGGGACCACUAGGAAAAACACCAAAUUACCCAUUUCAACUGAUGCUCAAUUGAGAAUAAUGCGAAAGGGAUCUGACGACCAUCUUGUUCUAAACAUCGAGUCUGGGUCUGAUCAUUCAAUUGCAGCAAAGUCUGAUGCUAAAGAUAUGCAGUGGUAGGUGUUUUGUCCCAGUCUCAAGCCGACAAUUCUUUUUGAGUGUAACUAGUAGAAGUCUAGUGAAAAUACUGAAGAAGUAUGACAAGAGAACAGGAGCACUUAUCAGGCAACCCUUCAUCGAAAAGGUGCCGCAGCAGCCAUUCUUUACAACUGAUCUCCUAUACAAACUCGUGAAGGAGUGUGUGGCUAUGCUCGACCACCUUUUCCCCAGCAACAACCUGUCAAUUUCAGCAGAAUACGACGGACAAAAUGGAGUGCCAAAGCCGGCAUAA